AUGACACCUACCAAAAAACGCCUCGAGAAAGAGUUCCAAAGCCUACGCAAAAGUCCCGCAGAGGGCUACCACGUCGACCUCAAACACGGCGAUAUCUUCGAAUGGAUCGGCACCCUCCAUGGCCUUGACAACUCCCCUUACGAAGGCGGCACUUUCGCCUUCCACAUCCAGUUCACCGAUGACUACCCAGAGAAGCCGCCAAAAGUAAAUUUCACAACUAAAAUCUACCAUCCCAAUGUUGAUGGCAGAACGGGGGUUGUUAGCUGGAAGAUGCUGGGAGAAGACUGGCAUCAUAACCAUACCAUGGAGAAGAUAUUGAUGAGCCUAAGGACGCUACUUGAUCACCCUGAGUUGGAGAGCGCGGUGGAAGUCAAGAUUGCUAAUGAAUAUGCGAAUUCGAGGGGAGCAUUUGAGAUGCAUGCAAAACAGUGGACGUUGAA